AACGAGAUUAUGGAAAAUCCAUAAAAAGGUCCACUUAUUUCCUGUUUGGAAACGUGCCAGGACAUGUUUUAUUUAAAUGCUCUGUUAAUACAAGGUAUUUGUUCAGCACUCCUUAUUCCUUGGAGCUCGACACAAUCGGCAUGAGAGGAUUUGUAACCAGCUUUUCACUACCUUGCGAUAUCUCCGCUCAAACCCAAAAACUCGUGAAUAGAUGUCCUGCAACAAAACUAGAAUGGGAACAAAGAGCAGCUAAAAAGCAAUGUCACCUUAUAAUAAACGAUUGCAAAGGUUUUAAAUACCACUGUGUUUUAAACAGCCAAAGGACGUCAAUGUUGGAGGUGUGUGCAUCUCCGAUAAAAAUAAUCGGAGGAAAGUGUGCUUAUUAUGAUGAAGGAUACAAAAGCAUUAGAAGCAGCUUUCUGUUUGACUGCAGUCAAUUUAAACAACCUUGUCCUAACUCUUAUCCCUCGGAAGAAUCGUACAAUUAUGCAGAAUGUUCUGGCUUUGCUAAGCAAUUAACAGCUACAUCAACGUUAUCAUCAUCAUCAAGUUUACCGUUGACGUCAUUGCUCAUUACAUCAAAUAACACGUCAAUGCCUUCAAAAAAUCUUUCGCAUUCCUUGUUCAACAAUAGAACAUCCUUUAAACCCAAAAGGUACAUCAGAAAAUUAUAUUCAUCUUUUUCUUUACGUUUUCUGUCUUGCAUAAGACUAAAAUAAAAUGUCCUUUCUUUAAUAUUUUUAAGGGUCACUUAGAAACUUUAAUAUCAACAUUGCGCCUCAUUGAACUCUAAAGAGAAUGUUUCUUCAAAGUCCAUGUGGCAUUAUAAUGGAGAUUUUUGUUUUCCACUGUCUUUUUUGUCAGUCAUUAGUUAUUCCUAUAUGGUAUAUAAGUAUAUUAUCAAACCGGAAAUCUAAAAAAAAUAUAGGGUUAUUAGAAUAAUAAAAAAAAAUUGAAGGGCCAUAUUGAAUUUAAUCCAUCUAAGAGGAAGUAUAUUGUUUAGUUCUUUUAAAAUGCAUAUUCCAAGUAGUAUGUGUAUAAGUUUUAUAUUUGUAGAGUCGGACAAAUCUAAGAUUGUUUUAAUUUUAGAAUCAUGUAUUUUCUUUUGAAUGCGUCUUCAUUGAGUGACCUUAAAAA